GGGGCGUUCAUAUAUAAGAGAAAGUGCGUGAGCGUUGGCAUGGAGUAUAUCGCCAGCUUUCACCAAGGCAAGUUCACUUCUCGCUCUAGCCAGAAUGGUUUCACACACACAAGGAAGCGUCGUAGUGCUGCUCCUGGUGGUCACCGGAGUACUGGCAGCCUUGGAGGACCUGGCAGGGUGCAAGAAGCCUUGUGUAAACCGAUUUGGACGCAAACUUUGCUGUGAUUCGGUGGCCCGAAAUGAGCCCCCUCGCUGUCCUCCGAUGCCCCGGAUCCUCGUCGACUGUAAUAACUCAGCCAUCAUAGAGGAUCCAGUUACGAUCAAGCUGUGUAAGAAUGACAGUGACUGCAAGAAGAAUGAAAUGUGUUGCGAAGACAUUUGUAACUUCAGGCAACUCAUCUGUAUGCCCAGCAAGGUCAACACCCACUACUUGUUCCCUUGAAUAACGCCUGUUGCAGCCAGCGGUCCAUUUCUAUGCCCAGACUCCAGUAAGAUCAGCUCUAUCUGCUUCCUGAGGACAACUGCAGCUUCCAUCAACACGUCUCUAUGCUAAGAAAGUAUACCAGUCCCCGAAGACAUCUGCAGUUUAAUGUGACUUUAUUAUUUAACUAUUUCUACAAAGAAUAUCUUCAUCUUCAGGUUUGCAUUCAGGAGUCACCUGUUAUUAUGUUUAUAUAUGUAUUAGAGAGUAUAUUUAUUAACCCUUUUAUUUAUAUAUGUGUGGCGAUUUGGCUAACCUUGUCAAGGGACAUGUGCGAAUCAGUUUAUUAAUGUAUGUAAUUUUGUCAUGCUGCUUUGGCCACUAAGUCUGAUGUCUGUGGUCAUGCACCUGCGGUCAUGCACCUGCGGUCAUGCACCUGUGGUCAUGCACCUGUGGUGAUACAUCUGCGGUCAUGCACCUGUGGUCAUGCACCUGUGGUCAUGCACCUGUGGUCAUGCACCUGUGGUGAUACAUCUGCGGUCAUGCACCUGUGGUGAUACAUCUGUGGUCAUGCACCUGUGGUCAUGCACCUGCGGUCAUGUACCUGCGGUCAUGCACCUGUGGUCAUGCACCUGCGGUCAUGUACCUGAGGUCAUGUACCUGCGGUCAUGCACCUGUGGUCAUGCACCUGCAGUCAUGCACCUGCGGUCAUGCACAUGUGGUCAUGCACCUGCAGUCAUGCACCUGUGGUCAUGCACCUGUGGUCAUGCACCUGCAGUCAUGCACCUGCGGUCAUGCACCUGUGGUCAUGCACCUGCAGUCAUGCACCUGCGGUCAUGUACCUGUGGUCAUGCACCUGCAGUCAUGCACCUGCGGUCAUGCACCUGUGGUCAUGCACCUGUG